AGAUGGACUAUUUUUCUAAAUAUGUUUGUGUUCUACAGAAGAAGGAAAGUCAUAUCCAUCUGGAAUGGCAUAAUGGUGAGUAAAUGUUGAGAGAAUUUUCAUCUUUGGGUUGAGUAUCCCAUAAGUAAUUGUUGUCCUUAGAUUUCUAGCAAUCUCAUCUAUUCUCUACACAGUAGCCACAAAAUAUAGCAAAUUAUGCUUGAGCUUUUAUCAGUAAUAACUUCUCUUUUCUACAAUGAACAGUUCACCCAAAAAUGAACAUUCUGCAUGAUUAACAUUUAUCUUUAAGUUGUUUCAAACCUGUAAGGCAACAUGGUCUAUGUAUGCAAGUAUGAUGACAAUUUUUAGUUCUGGUUGAACUAACCCUUUAGAGCUGCUGAUUUUAAGAUUUAUAUCGCUGGUCAGUACGUCAGUGUUUUUAGUUGUGGAAAAAGCAAAGUUUUCAGUCAUGUCUUUAUUUUUGGCUCUGGUGCGCAGUAAUUUGACUAAAAUUACCAGAGUGGGCGGUAGAUGGGUUGGUCAGUCUGAUCCAGACACUAUAUAAAUGAAAGGACAGUAAGGAGAGCAGAACAAACUCCUAACAGGAGGAGACUCACUCAUGGCCUAUGAGACAGAGGAUCAUGAGACUCAAUACUGCUUUCCUGCCAUCAACUCAUCAUGUAUCAAGGGAAAACGUUCCAGAUAUGAAUACAAUAUCAUGUAUGUGUUUUUUUCUUUGCUGUCAGCAUGGACUGUGUUUCUGAACCUGCUGGUGAUCAUCUCCAUCUCUCACUUCAAGAAGCUUCACACUCCAACAAACCUGAUUAUUCUCUCUCUGGCUGUGGCCGACAUGCUUGUUGGACUUAUUGUGAUGCCUGUGGAUGCCAUAAAGCUGAUUGAGACAUGCUGGUACUUUGGAGACACUUUGUGUGACCUGUUUAUGAUAAUCAUGGGGCUGCUUAUCUCAACAUCUAUUUGUAAUUUAGUUUUAGUUGCUGUUGAUCGUUAUGUGGCUGUGUGUCACCCUUUACUGUACCCACAGAAAAUAACGGCAACUAAAACUUUAAUAAGUAUCUGUCUCUGCUGGUUUUUCUCCUCUACCUACAACAUUGGCUAUUUAAUAAGUGGCAGAUAUUUUGAAAGUUCCCAAAAACCAGACAUGUGCUAUGGAAAGUGCCAUUUAGUAAUAAGUUUUUCAUGGACAUUCACAGACCUGUUCUUUUCAUUUGCGUUACCUUGUACCCUGAUUAUAACUUUAUAUUUGAGGAUAUUUUAUGUUGCACAUCAGCAAGUCAAACUUUUAAACUCCAUGAUGAAGGGUGGUAAAUGUGUAAUGGAAGGUUCAGUGAGGAGGAAAUCUGAGAGAAAGGCUGCAAUGACUUUAGGAAUCAUUGUGACAGCUUAUCUGCUGUGCUAUAUUCCAUACUAUAUAUUGUCUGUAACAGGGACUACAGUAAUCUCUUCUGCCACAAUGACAUUUCUAAUAUGGACUUUGUAUGUUAACUCAAGUCUAAAUCCUCUGAUCUAUGCUUUAUUUUAUCGCUGGUUUAAAAUAUCAGUUAAACACAUCUUAACUCUUAAAAUAUUGGAGCCAUCCUCCUCUCUCAUGGAUAUUUUUACAGAUUAUGAAUAAUUAAAUGUUGGGGUUGAUUUUAUUAUUUUUUCCCCCACUGAUAAAGCACAAACUUGAAGCAUUUUUUGUUUGUUUGUUUGUUUUGUUUUGUUUUGUUUUGUUUUGUUUUUAUGAUCUCUUUUGCAGUUACGCUAACGCGACUUUGCAGUUCUUCAUCAUCACAAAAGUUUAUUAUCUGCCUAUAAGAUUUAUUGCACUUAAACUGUCAAAAACACACAAUGUUCACAUAAAUACUGUUGGUUAUGUCUUAAGUGAACAUAAACAACUAGGAAAUAAACUGCAUGUAUAUUGGAUCUGUACAUUUGAUCUUAAAGCCUAAUAUACAGUACCUGAUGCUGUCUAUGUUGUUAAUGUGAAUCAAACAACAAAAGAAAAAGAGAAAAUCACACACUGCUCAUGACUGAAUAACUUUUGUAGCUUUAAUAAGAAUCAGAGUAUAUUUAACUCAUACAUGGAAUAUGCAGUUUUAUUUUUACAUUUGUUUAUUCAAUUUCUUACUUGAAGACCUACUGUAUCUGGAAAUUUUUUAAAGCCAUUUGUUUAAUUUGUAUCUUUUUUAUGUUGUAUUUGUCAUAUUGUUUUU